ACCAGGAGAUUUUUUCCCCAUCUUACAUCUGAUUUGCUUCUGCCAGACCUUUGGAGGACCUUCAAGAUGCUCAGCCACGACCAACUAAAAUCUCAAGAUCUAUUUUGGCUUUUCUCUUAUUUUGAGUAGAUAUCUAUAUGGGAUUUCUCCAACAUUUUUAAUUUUGAUGUUACUUCCCUUGUUUAGAACGCAGUUAUUUUUUUUUCUUCCUGUCAUUGUUUCUCUGCAUUUUUAGCGGUUUUGUGAUUGGCUGUAAUACAUUUUUUUAUGUAUUGAUCUCUAUCUAUAAUCCUUAUUUCAAUUAAAAUUAUUUUAUGCAUGUGGCUUUAUGAUGGCUUUGAUUUCCAAAUGUGUGUAUUGUAUGUGUUUACUGGGGGCAGUGAGUGGCUCAGCGGGCUAAGUCUCUGUGCCUGUGAUCAGAAGAUCGCCGGUUCGAGCCUUGGCCUCAGCAGAACAGUCACAUGUCUGUGGCCCCUUGAGCAAGGCCCUUUACCCCCCAGCUCCAGGGGCACCACACGAUGGCUGACCCUGCACUGAGACCCCCCCAAACUAUGGAAAGCAUGAUGUGGACAUCAAGCCAGCAGAUUUGCCACUUUUUUCAGUGUUAUGCCAGCUAUACAAAGUUCAGUAUGGUGAACUGGAUUUGAUAACAAGCCUGCACAAGGGAAUCUGCAUAGUGUAUUACUUGCUGUACCAUUAGAAAGAAGUUUGCAUUUUUGUGCUUCAGAAUCAUACCAGCAAAGGUAUCAAACCAAGCCGUUUGGAGUCAGUGAAACUACAGUACAGUUUUAUAUAUUAUAUACAUAAUUUAUAUAUUAUAUAAAACUACACUGAGCUCUACUGUCUGUAAAUGCCAUUUGAAAUGAUCACAUGCCUGAAAGCUGGAAAUGGAUAUUCAUCUGACUACAAUCACAAUAAAAGGCAAAACACACAGAAAAAUGGGAAGCAUGAAGAGUAUGAUGUCCAUAAAUUGGUGGAAGAAUUCUGCAAGCAGAUCAGAGACUCGAAGGACCUUCCUGAGCUAGUGAAGAAAUACAGUGGCUUUGAAAUCAAAUUAAAGGAACCAAAAGACUAUGCAGUCAGAAUCACAGAUCUGGAUGGAACUGUCUACUGGGGAAGAGAUGAGAUGCUGGAGAGCUGGAGUGAGCUGUACCUUCCUGAGCCAACGGAGAUGGUCGUCAUUGGUGCCAUUGAUAACUUCCCGUCUUUGGCAGAGGGACUGCAGCUCAUCGUGCUGGUAGACAGCCAGGGCAAAGUCUACUUCUAUGAGAAUGAGGUCCUGCAUCUUAUAGCCGAUAGUUUGAAAGACUUCUUCAAGAAGGGUGCGACAUUUCCUCCCAUCGAGAGCUACAAAUAUGGACAGUACACUGCACCAGAGUCUGAAGAGGAGUAUUUGAAACUACUGGAUGAGAUGGGCCUUGCAAGGAUUGACAAAAGUACAGAGGACUUUGUACAGAACAAGGACAAAGAUUUAACAGAAUUGUUGGAUUUCCUUGAAUGUUUCUAGAUCUCAAGGAUCUACACAUGCUGUUUAACAGGACUGUUUUGUUGAGGAGUGUAAACCCAGAUCCUGUGAAAUUAUGCAUACCUGAAUGAAAUGUAGAUCUGAGAAGAGCAUAUGUUUCCCUCUCAUUCAAGUUAUUUCACAGGGUUUUUGUGAAUUUUUUAUACUGUACUGUACAACUAGCAGAUUGUGUGUGCGUGUGUGUGUGGGAAAUGCAUUCAUCAGUACAAACCAGUGUCUCCAUGUUUAAAUUGCUGCACAUUGUUUCCGAGUGUUAAAUUUUAUAAUAAUUAAAUUUAUAAUCCAGAAUAGCACAACAGUGCUACACUGUAAUUCCCCAAUCUCUUAGUAAAUUGCUGAUGGUUUUUAAAUAAUAAUAUUGCUAUAUUUUCAUUUGACAAAUGUAUGAUUGUAAUGUGCUAUUUGCCUCACUUAUAUGCUGCUUUUGACUGUGGAGUGGCAGCUGUUAUUACUGCGAAGGGGGGACCAGCUCCAUAUUGAUGCCUAUGGAUUUAGAAUGGGAUGUAAUAAAAGUUUCUGUGGGUGUAAUGGCCAGGUGUCCUACAUAAAUGUAAAUGUCCAAAUGCAAAAGCAUACAUCUCUUAAAACUCACGUCUCACAAUUUAAGAUAUAGACCCACCGGGGGGAAAUACCUGACUAUAUCUAAGUUUGAAUUUGUUAUUUAUAGACAGCCUUUUUACAUUUAAUAAUUCAUAUGUUUAUCAUUGGUUUGACCCUUCUGACAUUAAUAGCAAAGAUGAAGCACAAUGACCUUUUAUUCUUCAGUUUAAUGAGCAAUACACACGUGCAGAUUUUUUUUUUUAGUUUAGUAAAAUUGUAUUGCUUUUAUACAUACUUAUUGCCUACUUUAACUUAUGUUAUUCCUUGUUGGGUUUAUUUCUACCUGUUAUCCUUUGCUGUAUUUAUUUAUCCAUUCUGUAAUACAGGACAAAGAAAUUCGCUCAUUUAAUCUUAUAGUGAUUUUAUUGUUCAUUACAUUAAGUAGCAUACUGUCAUAAAUGGCUCUACUGGAGAUCUCCUAAUCUCCCUCCAGACAGAAUAGCCAUGGUGUUGCAAAAACAAAUAGAGCGUACAUCUUACCAGCAGGCCCAACCUGACCUUCAUAGUCCAGUGGCCUGUACUACGAAGCGGGGUUACUGGCUUACCGGGGUAACUUGUCGGAACCCUCACAUAAUUACAGAUGACACUUAGAGAGGAGUUCUGUUCUCUGCUAUGAGGUGUUACUUCACCAUUCAAGUGAGGAGGCUAAAACAGACCUUUGUAGAAGGCCUACAAGAAGGCCUACAAGAAGGCCUUUAGGUAGUUCAUCAGUUGUCAUGAUCCAUUCGGUUUGUCUUUAGCUUGGCUCUAAGACUGAGAUGCUAUUAAAUAACUUGAUUAUUAGUGUCAGGUGUGUUAAAUUAGGGAUUUAACUAAGCUCUGCUGGGUGGUAAAUUUACAGGAGCAGGGUUGAGGACCCCUGCCUUUAAAGAUGUGGUACAUAUUUUAAUUGUAUUUUAAUUUUUGGAAACUAUAUUAUUUUGCACUAAAUUAUUUGUACAUUUAUUUUUCUUCGGCUUUCCUAAAAAACCUUUUAUUUACUUUACAUUUCAAUCACUCAGCAUCAUGUCUUCAUGUUAUAUUUGCACUGAAUAAAUUUUUGUCCAAGUUACAAA